UUCGUAUCUUGACUACUCAAUCCUUUGACCUGGUCUGUCAUCGCCACUCUUUGGAUCGCACGUUACCUCUACCAUCCCACUGCGCACAUUCGAGCGACGCACACGCAAAACAAUCCUCCGUCCGUCAAGGCGACAUGGCGCCCCCUUCGUCGCGCCGUCGCAGGCGCUCUGAGAGCCAAGACGACGACGACGAGAAUCGCUACGGCGACCCAUCGCACGCAACCGACUCUCCGAAGCGGCCGAGGCUAGACGAGGCCGAAAGCGAAGAUGAGACAGACGACCGUGGGCCUCCCCCGACGCACACGAAUGGCGUGGCCAGUGGAAGUAGCUCCGACGGCUUCCAACCCGGCGCUAUUGUCCGGGUCAGCGUCCAGAAUUUCGUCACCUACGAGAAGGCCGAGUUCUUCCCUGGGCCACAUCUGAACAUGGUUGUUGGACCAAACGGUACUGGAAAGAGCUCGUUGGUUUGCGCAAUCUGUCUGGGUCUGGGCUACAGUCCAAAGCACCUUGGGCGGGCUGGCUCAGUCAAGGAGUUUGUCAAGCACGGAAAGGACACCGCGACUAUCGAGAUCGAACUUUACAAGCGUGCUAAGGACCGACGAAACUUUGUCGUCAAAGUUCAGAUCCGACGGGAGCAAAAUUCGCAGAAGUGGUGGCUGAAUGGCAAGGAAACAAACCACAAGACGAUCCAGUCGUUGAUGCGGAAGCUCAAGAUCCAGGUGGACAAUCUCUGCCAGUUUUUGCCCCAAGACAGGGUUGUAGAGUUUGCUGCCUGUACGCCCGUGGAUCUCCUGCACGAGACUCUUCGCGCUGCCGCACCAGAAGAGAUGCUUGAGUGGCAAAGGCAGCUGCAAGAUCUUCACAAAGAUAAGAAGGGCUUGUCUGAGGCUGUUCACACCGAUUCCGAUACACUCAAGAACCUCGAGAGUCGACAGCAGGGUCUCCAGGCCGACGUGGAUAGGAUUCGAGAACGCGAAGAGAUCCUGGAGCAAGUGAAAAACCUCAAGUCUGCCCUUGUUCUUUCUAGGUACCAAGAGGCCCGUGACCUUCAUUCUAGCGCUAAAGAACGAAAAAAGAUUGCCGAAAGGUCCCUGAGGCGUCUUGAGCAGGAAAGCGGCCCGUCUCUGGUGGCCGUGAACGAUAAACAGGAAUAUGCUCGACAAAUUGAGGCCGUGAUACCUCGAAGAAGGCAAGCACUGAAGGAUGCCGAAGAAACGGCAAAGAAACGGGCCCGUGAUGUCUCGGUCGCAACCGGAAAUAUCAAAGAAUUUGACAACAAACUCGAGGCCGAAAGGAAGGAUCACGAAGCGAAGAAGAAAGAGGUCGCCCAGUCGAGGUCUCGACUCACCGCUCUACAAGGCGAUUUGAAGAACCGGCCAGAAGAGUUCAAUCCUGGAGAAUUCAACCGCAAUAUUCGAGGAGAAGAGCACAAGAUGCGUGAACUGGAGACAGAGCAACGCGAAAUAACCAACCAAUGCGAUGCUAUCAAGACCAAGGGCAGAGCAAUUACUACAGAGAUGAAACAGGUGGAAGCAGACAUUCUAUCUUUCGACACUCAACAAGGCCAGCAACUUAAUUUCAUGAAGAAAAACUUCCCCGAAAUCGCUGCUGGAUGGGAAUGGGUUCAAGAAAAUCAGGACCAAUUUGAGAAGCAAGUCUUUGGUCCGCCAAUGAUUAGUUGUUCGAUUAAGGACGAACGGUACUCCGACCAGGUUCAGGCUCUCCUUCAAGUCGACGACUUUACCUGCUUCACUGCCCAAACCAAGAGUGACUACAAGAAGUUGACGGAUCAACUUUACCGUGUGAUGAGUUUGUCAGUUGUCGUCCGAACUUGCGCUCAUCCAUUGAGCGCCUUCCGGCCACCCGUGGAAGCAAACGAGGCAAGGGAAUUGGGACUCGACGGAUUCGCCAUUGAUUUCCUGGAGGGCCCUGAUCCUAUCCUGGCAAUGCUGUGCGCGGAAAAGAGACUCCAUCAGUCGGGCGUUUCUCUCACAGACCACAACGAUAUCCAGUACGAUCGGCUGGUCAAGGGAGGCAAAGUUAACCAAUGGGCCGCUGGGAGGCAGUCGUAUUCAGUGCGACGCCGUAAGGAGUACGGACCCCAAGCGAUGACAACAAUUACCAAGAACAUCCAAACCGGCAGGUUUUGGACUUCCCAGCCAAUUGAUAACCAGGAAAAGGACGACAUGAACAAGAAAGUAACCCAGCUCCGAGCCGAAAGAGACACUCUGAAGGAAGAACUUCGAGAAGCCCAGGCCAAGUCGAAGACUAUUGAGGAUCAGAAGGCAGACACCGCCGAGAUCAUUGAGCGUUUAAGGCGUGAGAAAAAUACUCUGCAGAAGGAGUACCAGAAAUGGCAAUCCCUGCCCGAGAAGAUCGAAUCCGAGGAACGCGCAAAGACAAACCACGAGCAGGCCAUGCGUGAUGCUCGCAAGAACAUGGUUGACCUGCGAUACGAAUGGGAUGCCGCGGUUCUCCGCAGAGCUGAGCUUGUCCUCCGCCUCAAGGAUUCCGUUGAUCGUAUUCGAGCAGCACACCAUGCCGUCUUGGACGCAGAGAUGCGGAAGAUCGAGGCGACCUCUGAUAUCCAAGGCCUGAAAGAUCGCAACUCCCAUAUUAUGGAACGCCUCCAGGCUGAGAAGGAGGCUAUGCAGCAGGCCACAGAUGAAGCUACCCGGACGAGAGAAGCAGGGCGAGUUCUCUCGCAGGCCGUCCAGGACAUCCUCGCUGAGGAACCUGAGAAGAGAGACCUCCUCUCUAGCCUUUGUGAAGGAAAGAACCCAGAGGAGAUGCAGCUGGAAAUUGGUGGCGAAGAGGCCAAGCUGGAACUUAUUCACGCAGCAAACCCUAACGUCGUCCGCGAGUUCGAGCGACGGGCGGGAGAAAUUGCCAGGCUCGCCCGCAAGAUGGAGGGCUCUAGCGAGAAGCUCGAGACCCUUACCCGCGAGAUCGAUGGGCUAAUGGCCAAGUGGGAGCCCACGCUGGAUGAGCUGGUAGCUAAGAUCAGCGAUGCGUUUGCCUACAACUUCGAGCAGAUCAGCUGCGCCGGCGAGAUUCGCGUUCACAAGGCCGAGGACUUUGACGCCUGGGCUCUGGACGUCAUGGUCCGCUUCCGCGAGAAUGAGACACUCCAGCAACUCACCGCCCACCGUCAAUCUGGCGGCGAGCGCGCCGUCUCCACCAUCUUCUACCUCAUGGCUCUACAAUCCAUGGCCCAGUCACCCUUCCGCGUCGUCGACGAGAUUAACCAGGGCAUGGACCCCCGCAACGAACGCAUGGUGCACGAGCGCAUGGUCGAGAUCGCCUGCCGCGAGCACACCAGCCAGUACUUCCUCAUCACCCCCAAGCUCCUCACCGGGCUUCGAUACGACCCCAAGAUGCGCAUCCUCUGCAUUGCCAGCGGCGAACACAUGCCCCGCGAGGGCCGCAAGCUCGACUUCAAGCGGUGCCUUAGGAUUCAGAAGGGGUUGAUGACUGCUGCGGCGUAAGGGACAGCAAGCAUAUGCAUAUUUCGUUACGUGUGCAUGCCUUGGGAACGUAUUUUGGGUUGGUUUAGACUGACAUGGUGAAUGGCGAAGGCGGGUCUGUUUGAGCUGUUAAAUUUGGGGGAGGACAUACUAUAUCAUCUAUGCCCACGACUUAUGAGC